AUAACAAAUUUCACAAUCGCUUUAAUCGCUACCAUUAGCCCACCCCCUUUUCCCACCACCACACACACACACAACUUAUCAUUCGCUGUUGGACCCAUAACUUGUCCUUAAAACUGUGUCCUCCUCCCCCACUCACCCUCACUACAUUUUCCUUAUCCUUGAUUUUUCUUAGAAUAGAAAAAAUUAUUGCAUAUACCAUUCGCACUGGGGUUUUUAGUUCCUACAAAUACUACAUCCGCCCCAAAAAUAUAACCGUGGUUCAUAAUCUUACUACAUACUUUAGCAUUUUUCCUUUUUUUCCCACUAUAACAUUAGUGCAUAUUCUAAUUCCAGACCACUUUUGCUCCCAACCGGUUACUAUUAGAUAUCAUUUUAGCAGUUUGUUGCACUGAUCCAAUUUAAUUAAUCCUAAUUUCCCCAAUUUCAGCAUCAGUUGUUUUUCUGGCAAGGAAAAAAGACUAGGAUUUAUAAAGUUAAUUUUUUGCUCCGAUUUUUUCUUUCGAUUUGGCUUUUUUGAGUUUUUUCCGAAUUACUUGUUUUGUUCCACAUUUUUUUGUUGUUCCAGGUAACCAAGUGGCAACCUAAAUACGCUUUAAUUACAUUUCCAAAAAUAGGUAAAACUAAACUGUUUUAAGUUGCAAAAUCAACAGGGGUUUAUUAAUUGUUCCUAAUACGAGUUCUUUUUUGUGUUAUUAUUACUAAAAUUAUCCGAAUUCAAAAUCAAACUUCAAAUUUUUGUCAAGUUCAGAUCAAAAAUUUAUCACCCAGGAAAUUUAUCAUCCUAUUAUGAGUUUAGUGCAGACAGCCAUGUUUAAGGACCAAUUGAAACAAUUGGGCCACCAUAGUGAUAAUAAUCUUAUUAAGUCUCGCAGCCACAACGAAUUGAUUCAACUUAAUGGAUCUAUAUCUGCCAAUUUGAACACUACUACUACCACUAGAUUUAACAACAAAAGAAGAUCUUUAAGUGAUGAUGUAAUAGAUAGUACCCACAAGAAAAAGAGAUCGAGAACUGCCCCACCUUCUCCACCACCAUCAAAUGAUUCAUCAUUUUCUUCUUCUACUCAAUUAACUUCCGAAUCACCUUCUGCUGAUGAAAAAUCAUCUACAAAUUUGAAAAGCUUACGAUCCAGAUCCCUUUCCCCAGUCAAAAGAUUCUUCAACCCUUUAUCACCUUCUAAUUCUCCCAGAUCCUCUCCAAUAAUUACUCCAAAGGAAACACCAGAAAUACAAAAGGAAGAAGAUACAAACGAGAAACAGCAACAAGAACAACCACAAGUGGUUCCACCAUCUACUGAAAAAAUCACAUUGCCAAGUAUAUCAGCUGUUUUAGGUACUGCAGAAAAAUUCAAGCAAACAAUGAAAUUAAAACCAAUUACUCCAACUGUUUCCUUGGACUAUUUUGACACUUAUAAACCAAAUGAUGAAAACUGGAGAUAUGAAUUAUUAGAUAAGAUCACUAAAGAAUCAAAACUUUUCAAUUUAAAUCAAUACAAUUACCUCAACAAGCAUGCUACUGAAUCGCUUCCCAAUAUAACCCGAUCCUCGGCUAUUUCACCAGGAAAACCAAAUUUUGAUUCAAGAAUAAGCUCAAAAAUAACCACAACCAUGCUACCAAAACUUCACUCUGACGGUGAGCGUAAAAUCAACUUCCCUUAUGAAUCAAAUUAUACUUAUUUAAAUAAAACUUAUUUAAAUGACGUUAAAAAGUAUCCUGAAUAUUUGGAAUUGGCCCAAUCAUUAAUGAGCUUAUCACAACCAGAACAAUACAGUUCUCUCAACAGUUCCAGUUUUUCCUCUGCAUCUCACCAAAAUUACUCCAAUUCAUCUUAUGUUGUAUCUUCACCUAUAAACAACUACAACAACGGUUAUUCAAACAAUCUUCCUUCGCUUAUGUCCAUAUCUCAGAAAUCUCCAGUUACACCUCAACAACAACAACUCAAUCACAAAUUAAUUCCAUUCUCACCACCAUCCUCAGGAGGACAAACAAAAGUUGCUUCUCGUUCAGAUUUGAUCAAAUCCCCACCAAGACAACAUAGUCACCAUCAUCAUCAUAACACCCCAAGAGUGUGUAUCUCUUGUGGCUCAGACCAAUCACCAUGUUGGAGACCUUCAUGGUCAAUCAAAGAAGGACAACUCUGUAACUCAUGUGGAUUAAGAUACAAGAAAACAAGUGCUAGAUGUCUUAAUGAAUCUUGUAGAAAAAUCCCUGCCAAAGGUGAAUGGUCCUUAAUGCAAAGCAAAGGUAAGAUCGCAUUCGGUGAUGGUAUUGAAGGGUAUAGCUGUUUAGAAUGUGGUUGGAGAGUUGAAGUUAAAAAAUAAAAAAGGUUAUAGAGAAGAAGUCACACCUCCAUCUUGAUUUUAAAAGUAUGGAGUUGGCGUUACUUCUUCCUGAGUACUCUUAAAAAAAGUAUGGAAUUUGGAUUUAAUGGUUAUUUAUAUAUUAUUUUGCAUUUUUAUGUGUUGGUCGGUGUGCUUUUUUACUUUUCAGUUCAAAAUAGUUUUGGUGUUGAUUGUCACUUCUAUUUCUAUUGUUUCAUUAUGUAUUAAUCUUGUGUCCUUUAUGUAUUACUAAUUAAAUAAGAGGUACUAUAUUAAACGCUUUUGUUAAU